GCGGCCGCGCCGGCAUGGGCCGGGCCGGGCCCCGCCGCGCCGCGCCCGCCCGCUGACGGCGCCGCGAGCCGGGUCCGAGAGUGCCGUCAUGAAUUCUGGAGUCGCGAUGAGAUUCGACAGCGACGCCGCCGCCGCCGCCGAGCUGAGCGAGCUUCACUUGGCAGCCCUGGCGUCACUAAAGGGAGACAUAGCAGAGCUUAAUAAACGCCUGCAGCAAACAGAGCAGGAACGGGACCUUCUAGAAAAGAAAUUGGCCAAGGCACAGUGCGAGCAGUCCCACCUCCUGAGAGAGCAUGAGGAUGUCCAGGAGCGAACCACGCUGCGGUAUGAAGAGCGCAUCACAGAGCUGCACAGCAUCAUCGCUGAGCUCAACAAGAAGAUAGACCGCCUGCAGGGCACCCCCAGGGAUGAAGAUGAGUACUCAGAGCUCCGAUCAGAAUUGAGCCAGAGCCAACAGGAGGUCAAUGAGGACUCUCGCAGCAUGGAGCAAGACCAGACCUCUGUUUCCAUCCCUGAGAAUCAGUCCACUGUGGUGACUGCUGACAUGGAUACGUGCAGUGAUCUGAACUUGGAACUGCAGCGGGUGCUGACUGGACUGGAGAAUGUUGUGUGCUGCAGGAAGAAAAGCAGCUGCAGCCUGUCGGUGGCUGAAGUGGACAGACACAUAGAGCAGCUCACCACGGCCAGCGAACACUGUGACCUGGCGAUGAAGACUGUCGAGGAGAUAGAGGGGGUCCUUGGCCGGGACCUAUAUCCCAACCUGGCUGAAGAGCGUUCCCGUUGGGAGAAGGAUCUGGCAGGGCUGAGGGAAGAGAAUGAGAGUCUGACAGCCAUGCUGUGUGGCAAAGAGGAGGAGCUGAACAGGACCAAGGCCACCAUGAACGCCAUCCGGGAGGAACGAGACCGGCUUCGGAGACGGGUUCGAGAACUUCAAACCCGGCUCCAGAGCGUGCAGGCCACGGGGCCCUCCAGCCCUGGCCGCCUCACCUCCACCAACCGUCCAGUCAACCCCAGCACUGGAGAGCUGAGCACGAGCAGUAGCAGCAACGACUUUCCCAUCGCCAAGAUUGCUGAGAGGGUGAAGUUGUCAAAGACCAGGUCAGAAUCUUCAUCGUCUGAUCGGCCCAUCCUGGGCUCAGAAAUUAGCAGCAUAGGGGUGUCCAGCAGCGUAGCAGAACACCUGGCCCACUCUCUUCAAGACUGCUCCAACAUCCAAGAGAUCUUCCAAACACUCUACUCCCACGGUUCCGCCAUCUCAGAGAGCAAAAUUCGAGAGUUUGAGGUUGAAACAGAGCGUUUGAACAGCCGUAUUGAACACCUCAAAUCCCAGAAUGACCUCCUGACCAUAACUCUGGAUGAAUGCAAAAGCAAUGCGGAGAGAAUGAGCAUGCUGGUCGGGAAGUACGAGUCCAAUGCCACGGCACUCCGGCUUGCCCUGCAGUACAGUGAACAGUGCAUAGAGGCCUACGAGCUCCUGCUGGCCCUGACCGACAGUGAGCAGAGCCUCAUUGUGGGACAGUUCCGGGCAUCUGGAGCCGGCUCCUCUCCUGGAGACCCAUCCGGGGGCGAAAACAUCACUCAAAUGCUCAAGCGAGCCCACGACUGCCGGAAGACAGCGGAGAACGCGGCCAGAGCCUUGCUCCUGAAACUGGAUGGCAGCUGCGGGGGCGCCUUGGCAGCGGCCGGCUGCAGCACACAGCCCUGGGAGAGCUUGUCCUCCACCAGCCACACCAGCACCACCAGCUCCACAGCCAGCAGCUGUGACAUGGAGUUCACCAAAGAGGACGAGCAGAGGCUGAAGGAUUAUAUCCAGCAAUUGAAAAAUGACCGUGCAGCAGUGAAGCUGACCAUGCUGGACCUGGAGAGUGUCCACAUCGACCCGCUCAGCUACGACAUCAGGCCCCGGGGUGACAACCAGCGCCUGGACCUGGAGAACGCUGUGCUCAUGCAGGAGCUGAUGGCCAUGAAGGAGGAGAUGGCCGAGCUGAAGGCCCAGCUAUACCUGCUGGAGAAGGAGAAGAAGGCCCUGGAGCUGCGGCUGAGCACACGGGAGGCGCAGGAGCAGGCCUACCUGGCACACAUCGAGCACCUGAAGGCAGAGGUGGAGGAGCAGAAGGAACAGCAUGCACACAGCAGCAGCAGAGAUCAACCCGGCCAGGACUGUCCUGAUGUGGCCACCCUCCCGCCGCCCCUGGCAGAGCUGCGGACCACAUGCGGCGACGGUGAGCUGGCCGCCGAGCUCACGGGUGCUGUCCGCAGAGAGAAGAAAUUAAAAGCCAGAGUUCAAGAGCUGGUCAGCGCCUUGGAGAGACUGACCAAGAGCAGUGAGAUUCGACACCAGCAGUCAGCAGAGUUCGUCACAGACCUCAAGAGAGCCAACAGCAACCUAGUGGCUGCCUAUGAGAAAGCCAAGAAGAAGCAUCAGAACAAACUGAAGAAGCUGGAGUCUCAGAUGAUGGCCAUGGUGGAGAGACAUGAGAGCCAGGUGAGGGUCCUCAAGCAAAGGAUCUCCCUGCUGGAGGAGGAGCACGCGAGGCCGCAGGCCAAUGAGACAUCACUGUGACUCCAAAGAAGGACCUGGCGGGGACAGCAGGCAGGCCAGCUCCCUGCCCCGUGCAUGACUCGGCACCUCCAGCCUCUGCGUCCUGCACUCGCCCGGCCCACUCUUUCAGAGGGACAUUAGUGGAAUCCUGGGCCCUGACAAUUUCCCAUGCUCUUCCGUAGACAAUUGCGACAGUCGCAUUUCUCUGCUUUGCUCCUUCCGUGGGG